AUGCGCUUCCCUGUACCCUCGGAUACAAGUGUGCUGUCUACCUGUCUAAUUUCCUUCGUCGAAAUCAAAGAGCGUUGCUUGCUUGUUCAAUUUGGUGGUGCCGUGGAAACCAUCGCGUCACUAAGAUCUGAUGAGACAGGUUUUCAGGUACGGGAGCAGCUAGCUGCAGAGCUUGGCUUGAAGAAUUCAGGUAUCAGUGGGCAUGUUGCCCGAGACAAAAUUGCUGAGAUUCUAUUUACCUUGGCUCUUGUGGUUAAUAAAUACGCUAAGGAAGAUCGCAUUGGACUUCAUGAUAAUGUUCUCGGACGAAUUGAACGAAGUAUCGAGGCCUUUGUUCCCCAUCGCGGGACCUCCUCAACUAUGCCGCAAAAGCGCAAUCAUAUUUCAAGCGAAGUGAUUCUUGCUACGUCCAAAAUGCUAUUUGCGAAUGCCUCGUUAAGCUUGGACGCAUUCAUAACUCACUUUGAGCGUGCCUCUGGCCUGGCAUCUUGA